AUGGUACCAACCCUGAGAAUUGUUCUCAAACAGGAGAAAAAAAACUAUGUCUUGGAAAAGAAACUUCCUGAAAAACCUAAGACAAAUGCUCAACAUGCAGAGAGGAAUGCUUGGGAGAAACAUUCCAAUGAUACGGUUGAUGUGUGUUGUUUUAUGUUGGCUACCAUGAACUCGGACUUGCAGAAGCAAUAUGAGAACGUGGAUUCGCCAAUUGACAUGAUCACUAGCCUGAAGGGUAUGUUUCAGGAGCAAGCACGAACUGAGAGAUACCAAACCGUUAAAACUCUCAUUGAGUGCAAGCUUCCUAAGAACAGUCCAGUUAGCCCUCAUGUCAUUAAGAUGAUGGGUUAUAUUGAUAACCUGGCAAAACUGGACUGCCCAAUCAGCCAAGAGUUGGCCACUGACCUCAUCCUGCAGUCAUUGCCGUCAAGUUUUGAUCAGUUUGUUAUGAACUAUAACAUGAACACAUGA